UCUGCUUAACAACAGUAACGUCACACGGACUACAGGGGAGUUUUGUUGGAAGUUGCAAAGUCCUGGAGCCUCCAGAGGGCUGUCGGCGCAGUAGCAGCGAGCAGCAGCGUCCGCGCGCUCCGGCGAGGGGCAGACGAGCUCGAGGGAGCGCGGGGUAGCGGGAGCUAGAGCCGAGCGCGCACCGACCCGGGACCCACCGCCGUCCCCAGGCCGCCCAGUAGAGCCCCAGCCAUGGCACACCAACUCUUAUGCUGCGAGGUGGAGACCAUCCGCCGGGCGUACCCCGAUGCCAACCUCCUCAACGACCGGGUGCUGCGGGCCAUGCUCAAGGCGGAGGAGACCUGCGCACCCUCCGUGUCCUACUUCAAGUGUGUGCAGAAGGAGAUCCUGCCGUCCAUGCGGAAGAUCGUGGCCACCUGGAUGCUGGAGGUCUGCGAGGAGCAGAAGUGCGAGGAGGAGGUCUUCCCGCUGGCCAUGAACUACCUGGACCGCUUCCUGUCGCUGGAGCCCGUGAAAAAGAGCCGCCUGCAGCUGCUGGGGGCCACCUGCAUGUUCGUGGCCUCGAAGAUGAAGGAGACCAUCCCCCUGACGGCCGAGAAGCUGUGCAUCUACACUGACAACUCCAUCCGGCCUGACGAGCUGCUGCAAAUGGAGCUGCUCCUGGUGAACAAACUCAAGUGGAACCUGGCCGCGAUGACCCCGCAUGAUUUCAUCGAACACUUCCUCUCCAAGAUGCCAGUGGCCGAGGAGAACAGACAGAUCAUCCGCAAGCACGCACAGACCUUCGUUGCCCUCUGUGCCACAGAUGUGAAGUUCAUUUCCAACCCGCCCUCCAUGGUGGCAGCUGGGAGUGUGGUGGCCGCCGUGCAAGGCCUGCACCUGGGGAGUUCCAACAGCUUCCUGUCCUACCACCGCCUCACUCGGUUCCUCUCCAAAGUGAUUAAGUGUGAUGCGGACUGUCUCCGGGCAUGCCAGGAGCAGAUCGAAGCCCUGCUGGAGUCCAGCCUGCGCCAGGCCCAGCAGCAGAGCCUGGACCCCAAGGCGGCGGAGGAGGAGGAGGAGGAGGAGGAGGCCGACCUGGCCUGCACACCCACCGACGUGCGAGACGUGAACAUUUGAAGGGGCGCUCGCGCGCGUGCGCGGGAGGGGCCGGCCCCAGGUGCUCCCCUGACAGGACCGUGCUCCUCGCCAGGACCGGUCACCACCAGAAGGGAAAGCUUUCCUUCUCCUUUACUGUGGGUUUGUUUCCUUUGCUCUUUUCUCCCUUCCGUCUCUGACUUAAGCAAAAGAAGAAAAACUGUCUUUAAAAAAAAAAAAAAAAAAAAA